AUGACGAAAAUACUCUCUCUUCUCCCCGUGAAACCUCUUAUGCGAUUCAGGUGCGUCAACAAGUUUUACAACACUCUCAUCUCUGAUCCCCAUUUCAUUCAAAUGCAUCUCAAGAAUUCCGCACGUAACCCUAACCUCAUGGUAAUUGCACGACAACAUAAUUUCAAUAGUUUUGAUGAAAAUGUUCUAAACUUGCCAAUUUCGCUUUUACUAGAGAAUUCAUUGAGCACCGUUCCCUACGAUCCUUACUAUCGAUUAAAAAACGAGAAUCCACACUGUCCUUGGCUGUUUGCUGGUUCAUGCAAUGGAUUGAUAUGCUUGUGUUUAGAUAUUGAUACAUCUCAUGGUUCACGGCUAUGUUUAUGGAACCCAGCCACUAGAACUAAAUCUGAAUUUGAUUUAGCCUCUCAAGAAUGUUUUGUGUUCGCUUUUGGUUACGAUAACUUGAAUGGAAAUUAUAAGGUGAUAGCGUUUGAUAUAAAGGUAAAGAGUGGUAAUGCAAGAAGCGUGGUGAAAGUUUUCAGUAUGAGGGAUAAUUGUUGGAGAAAUAUUCAAUGUUUUCCUGUGCUUCCACUUUACAUGUUUGUUAGUACUCAAAAUGGUGUGUAUUUUAGUAGUACUGUUAAUUGGUUGGCUCUUCAGGAUUACUUUGGUUUAGAUUAUUUUCAUUUAAAUUAUAGUAGUAUUACUCCUGAGAAGUAUGUGAUUCUUUCACUUGAUCUCUCAACUGAGACAUACACUCAAUUGUUGCUACCUCGGGGUUUUAAUAAGGUGUCACGUCAUCAACCAAAGCUUGCGGUUUUGAUGGAUUGUCUUUGUUUUGGUCAUGAUUAUGAGGAAACUUAUUUUGUUAUAUGGCAAAUGAAGGAUUUUGGAGUUCAGUCGUCUUGGAUUCAAUUAUUUAAAAUUACUUAUCAGAAUUUCUUUUCAUACUACUGCGAUUUUGCAAGGGAGUCUAAAUGGUUGGAUUUUUUGCCAUUGUGUCUUUCUAAGAAUGGUGAUACACUAAUAUUGGCAAAUAAUCAAGAAAACGAAGCAUUUAUCUAUAAUCGCAGAGACGAUAGAGUAGAGAAAAUUGGAAUUACUAAUAAAAAUAUGUUGUGGUUUGAAGCAUGGGAUUACGUUGAAAGUUUGGUUUCGACUCAUUGA